AUGGUCCUAAAAUACAGUAUUCCACCACUCCCAUAUGCCUACGAUGCACUAGAGCCACAUAUUAGUGGUCAAAUAAUGAAUAUUCAUCAUACGAAGCAUCACCAAACUUACGUUAAUAACCUCAACAAUGCAUUGGAAACCCUUGACGCUUUAACGAAAUCCUCAGAUAUUGUCUCUCAUCUACAUCUACAAGCAGCUAUAAGCUUCAAUGCCGGUGGACACAUAAACCAUACUCUCUUUUGGGAAAAUCUUUCACCAGCCACAUCUACUACGGCGCAGAUUAGCUCAUCACCGAAAAUAUCAGCGGCACUAGCCGUACGCUGGGGAUCUGUCGAGCGUUUUCAAGAAAGCUUUACUACUGUACUGCUGGGCCUCAAAGGAAGUGGUUGGGGCUGGUUAGUGCAGGACAUAGAAAGUGGUACCCUUGAAAUCAUUACUACUAAAGACCAGGAGAUUGUUCCGGGAAACAAAAAACCUUUAUUAGGCAUUGAUUUUUGGGAACAUGCAUAUUAUUUACAGUAUCUAAACAACAAGGCCGCCUAUGCUAAGGAAAUUUGGAAAGUCGUUAACUGGGCAAAGAUAGAGGAGAGAUAUAUGGGAAGCCCUGAAAAUGUUUUUGGCCACCUAAAAUUAUUAAAGGGUGAGCUUUGA